AUUCUUCAUUCUGUUUUGUAGAGGCUGGGAAAUCGGGGGUAGAGCAGUGAUCACUUAGCCUGGUCUGGGGGCCUUGGCUUUGUGUGUGUCUGUGCUGAGGGUACACGCUGUGCCUGGGUAAGUCCUACUUCUUCCGCUUUAACCACCCUGAGGAGGCCAGCCGAAUGAAGAGCAUGAUGCCCCGGAAGAACCCAGUGUGCCCCCUGGGAUACGCCUCUGAUUACCUCCGGUUAGACCGCAGCCCUGGAGUGGGCAUGUCUGGUGUGCGGGGGCCAUGCCCAAGUGGGGAUCUCCUAAUGGAUACGCUACAGAGGCGGAGGCUGGCUGCGGAGGUGGGCCUUCGCACCAACGGCAACUGUAGCCCAUCCUACUACAGUGUGACUCACUCCCCGCCCAUCAGUCCCAUCCCCCGCCCCCUGGUGCAGACCCUUGACAUCACGCCCCGCCAUCACCAGGACCAGGGUGUGAGGCCCAGUGCUGCUGAUCGCCCCCCCUUGUCCAUCAGGCCACCCGUGCAUACCUCGGGAAACACCCUUCUGACCCAGGGGAGGGAUGGGCCCCUCCCUUACCGGCGCUCUAGCUCCCGGCACCAGUCCCAGGACAACAUCUUCCUGUCCACCUCUGAGGACAGCAGUUUACCACGGUCUGCUUGGAAUGGCUCAUCUCCUGACCGUGAUGCCCGCUCACCACUAGGGAGCAGCAGUGGGGCUGCCAGCAUGCCCUCCAGCCCCCAGCUGGCUCGCCGCCUUCGUCCACAUGAUGUGGGGAGCCUACGGAGGAGCCCAGGAGGGGAUGGUGGGCUAGACCCCGUGCCCAGACAGAGGAAGUACUCCGCAGGCUCACUGGGGACCCACAGCCGGUCUUUGCCCCGUCUGUACAAGGCCACCGAGAACCAGCUGCAGCCCCUCACUCUGGCCCCGCCCCAACGUUCUGGGGAUAGUCAGGCCCGUCCCCCUAUCCCACCCGAGCCUAUGAGCAACAGCCACAAGGAGGUGCUGUCCAUCUUACUAUCCUCCCGCUCACCCACGCGGGGCUCCACCCCCUCAGAAUCCAGCCCACCAGACAGCGCCCCCAGCAAGUCCACCAGCCCCCGCAUCGCCAAAAAGCUGAGCCUGACAUCCUCGGCAUCCUGCUCAGACCUAGAACACAAUUCCCUGCGCGGGUCCUCACCUUCUUUGGAUCAGUGGCUCGGUGAGAGGCGACCCUCCUUUGGGAAGGCAGGCUUGGGCGUGUGGCCUACUAGAGAGAGGCGUGGCAGCAUCAGCUCACUGAGUGGAAAGGAGGAGCUGAGGGAUUACCACCAGCGGCAGAGGGACGAGCGUCUGCGCGAGCAGGAGGUGGAGAGACUGGAGCGACAGCGCUUGGAGACCAUUCUCAGCCUGUGCUCGGAGCUGGGCCGCUCAGGGGGCGAGCAAGGGGGCUCCGCCGAGGCCGACCUGCAGAAGAUCAACCAGGAGCUUGAGAGGCUGCAGCUGUCUGACGAUGAGUCCGACGCCACCAUCCCUGACGCAGCCCAGGCAUGGACCCUGCUUCGCUCUGGCCUCUCCCCCUCCCCCUCCGCACAGAUGCUCAGGACUCCCUGGGUUCCAGAGCCGGCUGCGGAAUCACAGCUGAGGUUGAGGGAGGUGGCCCAUAUGGAGGAGGAGAGGGUCGUUGUGCUAAACCACAUGGAGGAGCUGCAGCAGAAGAUCAAAGACCUGGACAACCAGAUGGAAGAGUCUGUUCGAGAGAUGGAGUUAGAGCGCGCCCUGGUGGACGGGGAGCACGACGCUGAGACGGUGCAGCUGGAGCAUGAGAAGGAGCUUCUGAACCAGCUGAAUGAGAAGCUUGUUGACGUGGAGAAGAAAAGUUUAAUGGACAAGUCCCAGGAGAAAGCCCAGCUCGAUGCCCAGAGGGCAAAGGUCAGCCAGCUCAGGGAACUCCUCUCCGAGCAGAAGGUGCAGCUGGACACCUGUCCCGAAGCCCUCAAGGAGCAGCUCCAGCUGCAGCUAUCCAGGGACGCAGAGGCCCUGGAGCUGGAGACUAAGCGGUUCGAGGACCUCGAGUUCCAGCAGUUGGAGCGGGAGAGCCGGCAGGAUGAGGAGAAGGAAGCGCUAUGCCAGCAACUGCUGAGGGACAUCGCCGAGCGCCAGCGCAGCGCAGCAUCUCGCAAGGAGCGGCUACAGGCCCUGCAGAAACAGUCCAGCCAGAUCCAGCAGCAGGCUGAGCAGGAGAAGGAUGCCUUUCUGCGGGAGAAGAGGGACCUGCAGACCCUGCUGCAUAAGGAGAGGGAGACCCUGACAGUCUUGGAGACGAAGUAUACGGCUCUGACAGGGGGGAGGGACUUCUCCAGCACGGCUUCCCUGAAAGAGCUGGCUGCAGUGUACCACAUUCUAGGCCCCCCCGCCAUCCUCCACGGCCCCCUGUCCCACCCUGACCUGCUGGUCCUCUCCUCUCAGCUGGCUUCCCUCUGUGCCAAGAGCGCUGAGGGUUAUGUCACAGUCAGUGAGAUCAAUGAGCUUUAUGAGCAGUUUGGGGUUAACCCCACCCCUGAAGGCCAAGCCACACCCUCACCCAGGCAUGAGCUUGAGUCCAGCCCCAGCCCUGAGGAAUGCACCCCCCAGUCGGGUGAGGAGGAGCCUCCCUCAGUGCACUGGCCUGAUGACAUGGUGACUUACCAUGACUCCUCGCCCCUCUCUGAGUCCCCCCCUCCGCUUCCCAUCAAAAAACACCACCGCCGCAAACAGAACUUCCGUACCCUGGAGGAGAAGAGGUGGGGCAUGAAGGAGGCGGGGCCUGUGCUGAGUGACACGGUGCCUCGUAGGAGGGUCCAGCCAAUGGCGUCACCCACUUUCAGCAGCUCCACACUGGGCCGCUCCAUCACUCCCAAGUCCCAUCAGCCUCUGGUGCAGAGCUCCAGCUGUGGCAGCAUGCUCCCUCGCAGCCUGGCUGUGGCCCCCAGCGACCCGGAGAGCCACCAUCAGCACAGAAGUCAUGUUCCCGGGCCUGGGCAGCAGCCCCUGAGCGCCCGGGUGGCGUCACAGUCCAGCGUGUGCCUGCCGUACGGCGACGACGCACACGCCUACGACACUCUGAGUGUGGACAGCUCCGACAGCAUGGAGACCAGCAUCUCUGCCUGCUCGCCAGACAACGUGUCCAGCGCCAGCACCUCCAACAUGGCCAAGCUGGAGGAGAUGGAAAGGCUCCUGAGGGAGGCCCAGGCAGAGAAGCACAGGCUGCUGGAGAACCGGGAGCGAGAGAUGGAGGCACGCCGGCAGGCCCUGGAGGAGGAGAGGAGGCGCAGGGAAGAGCUGGAGAAGCGGCUGCAAGAGGAGACCAGCAGGAGGCAGAAGCUGAUUGAGAGGGAGGUGAAGAUGAGGGAGAGGCAGAAAGCUCAGUCUCGCCCCCUGACCCGCUACCUGCCCGUGAGAAAGGAUGACUUCGACCUCCGUGGCCACAUCGAGUCAGCUGGCCACCACGUAGACACAUGCUACCACGUGUCACUGACGGAGAAGACCUGUAGAGGCUUCCUGGUCAAGAUGGGCGGCAAGAUCAAGACCUGGAAGAAGCGCUGGUUCGUCUUCGAUCGCAACCGCCGGACGCUAUCCUACUAUGCCGAUAAGCAUGAAGCCAAGCUGAAGGGUGUGAUCUACUUCCAAGCCAUCGAGGAGGUCUAUUAUGACCACCUGAAGAAUGCGCACAAGAGUCCGAAUCCGUCGCUGACAUUCAGCGUGAAGACACACGACCGCGUGUACUACAUGGUUGCACCAUCGCCAGAGGCCAUGCGCAUCUGGAUGGAUGUGAUUGUCACGGGAGCAGAGGGAUAUACGCAGUUCAUGGUGUAAUACAGGCUUGACUUGCUCACAACCGCCCCCUGGAGGACUGCGGGUGCAUUUCUUGUGAUGCUUUUUUUUUUUGGACAAGCAUUGUGCCUUACUACAUCAAGCUGCGAUGUUACGGUGCCUUGUUCUGUAUAGAUGUGAAGAUUUUGCUUCAGGAGCUGGGAACGUUUGUGCUCUGGGGAACAUAGGGGAGUCACAUGGUCAUACCAAUCAUGGCUCUAUGCGUGCUUCUGUGUUGGUAUACGCAGACCCAGUGCGCUCUCCAUUUUCACUGUGUCACUCAGGAGUGUGGUGGGCGGACUGGAACUAGGGUGAGGUUCUGUGGUUUGGAGAAGGACUGCUGUCAACAGACAGCUCCCAUAAACCUGUGCUUGUGUGUCUCACAGAGGGAUUUCUGGUCAUUUUUGAAACUCUAAAGUCCAUUGGUACUGAGAGCAGUUGGAACAGUAACACAGUGCCGACCAACAACGCAGAUCCAUCCGAUAAGACUAAUCAGCAUGGGCAAAAGCCUACAUGGUUCCCACCUGCUGCAGUACCGUCAGAUUUGACCAAUCAAGAUGGGUGAAAACCUGUGUGCUUUAUACUUGCUAUGGUACCCAGAUUUGACCAAUCAGGAUGGGCGAAAGUCUGUGUGCUUUACACUUGCUGUGGUACCCUGUCAGAUCUGGCCAAUAAGCAUGGGCAAAAGCCGCAUGGUUCCCACCUGCUGCGGUACCCCGUCAGAUCUGACCAAUCAGGACACAGCGGUCUGUUUGUUACAGCUGCUCCAGUAACAGGACUAUGUCCUAUUUAUAAAUGUUUUUAAAUGAGUAUGUAAUAGCCAUAUUUUUUUAUAUCCAAUGCUUCUUAUUCUUCAGUCUUAUAUCGUAAUACUCAUUUUAAUAGUUAAUCCUUGCAUAGGAUGUUCAGCAUAGCUAAGAAUCUUAACCAGGGACGGGAGGAGGGAGGUUAGCAGCCCUCCAAGGGUGUCCCACACUACCUCUCUGGCUAAUUCUGGACUAGGCUCAGCUGCUUACCAGCUAGGCCACCAUCUUUGUCUCUGUGGCUUUUUACGGCUGUAUGUCUGACCUUGUCACCUAAGGGGUCUGACUAUGUUAAUAUCUUUGUCCUCCUAAAAGCAGCGCUGGGCCCAUCUUGCGAAAGCUUUUUGUUAUAUAUAACCAAACGCUGAGCCUGUAAAAAAACCUCAUCUCCUACUUUCCUAGCUUAAUUUCCACACCCCAUGUGAAGCCUUCAACUCCAACACUGAGUCUGGAAGAUGAGUGUUCUUCUGUAAUAAACAUAAUGCCACUAGAGGGCAACAAGUGAGCAUUUUGGGUGCUCUGGUGAGCAGGUGAGUGCUGCUCUGAUGGGAAAGCUGGGCCCUCACAGGGGUGUCAGGGUGCAUUGUGGAGGAGUGAAUUUUACCGUACCUGCUUCAUGCUCUGCUUCAUGUACUUUCUGUUACUCUUAAAGCUACUUUUCAGAAAUGUCAUGUAUAUUACAUUUUUUAUGUAUAACAUGCAUGCUUUAUUUUUGAAUACAAAUAAAGGCUGUCAAUCAUCCC